AUUGAUGACUUCGGACUAACUGUCCGCCCUGCCUACCGGGAGUUGGCAGCAGAAUGCGCCCGCUCUUCGCGCUCGCUCGCUCUUAUAUAACUUCAACGUGCGCGUCGAGCGCGGCUGCCACUUUACGCACGGGCUCGCACUUUGGCACUUUUAGAAGAUCCCUCGAACUCGUUGUGGAUUUCUUCGGGAGCGUGUUUUCUUUCUCUUCCCGAUUCUUAAAUCGGCGAAAGAGGAGCGAGAUUUUUGGCUUCGGACCUCCUCCUCGACCUUGUUUACUUGAGUUGCCAAAUAGUUGCUGCUGGGGAUAUUUACUCGAGACUUGAGGAUGAGCGUUUUUUUUUAAAAAAAAAUAUUUUUGCCGUGUCAAAUGCACGGAAUAUUUUUUAUUCCACGGCUCCUCCGCGCCGACUUUGCGUCACUCCUGGUUAUUUCUCACUGAGUUUUUGACAGGACAUGACUUAAAACGGAGGGCUGCAUCCCUCUCCAGACAGCAGAUAGCAAAAUGGAUCAGGGCAGCUCGAAGUGCAACAGUAAUCGAGACGACUGCCUGACAUUCAUAGAGUUGGGAACCGGAGUAUGUAAAGAGUCAGCUGACACCACAGGUUCCCUGCUCAGUGCUCUCCACUCAACUCCCGUAACCCCAAACGGGGGUGGAACCAAAGACCAGCUGGAGCCUAGAAGCCUCUUCGACUCCCACCAGCAGCGUAAGGUCCCGCUCGAAGGGUCAAGCAUGAAUGGCCAGAAAAUGGUCCGACUAGAGAAACAGCAGCAGGAUGUUGGCGUGUUUAACAUGGAGGACGACUUGGCGGUGCUGAGCCAGAAUAUUGCUGAUCUGGACCAUGCGUCCACGUCUGUCAUCGACACCUCUGUCCUGGGAAACCUUCCUCUGCCUGACCUUUUCCCCCAGCACAUCAAACAGGAAGGAGACUUCUCCCUGGAUAAAGAAUUUCACGGUGGACUUCCCUGCACAUCUUCCUGUGGUUUGACAGGCGUCAGUCGCCUGAUUGAGGACAGCGAGCUUUGGAAAAACCUGGAUCUUCCGGUAUCCCUGUCAGAGAUCAGCGACUUUGAGUUGGAUUCUGAAGUGGCUCACUUGGAUAACAUCCUGCAUGACGGCCGCAGACCUGUCGAAGGCUUACCAAAAGCGACGCAAGCGCCCACGGGCAACAGCAGGAACUGUCACAACGCUAAUGACACCAGCCAGCAGCAUGACGCCAUGCUCCACCAUCAUCAUCAUCCUCACCAGCAGCAUCACCUUCUGCAGCACCAGCUUCACCAACAACAUCAGCAGCCCUCUACCCUUCUCUCCAGCGUCAUUGUCAAAGAGAAGGACCCCGACCACUCUUUCACCCACAUCCGCACUCCCAGUGUCGUCAAGCUGGAGAAGCAGGAGCCUGUGUUCUGCCAGUCGCAGUGUCUCCAGGGAGGCAUGGGCUCGGUUCAUUUAGGAGCCCCGAUGUCCUCGUCUACGAGCAUGGACGCAGUUCCUGGCUACCGCUGCAUAACCACUGCACCCUCCAACAUGGGCCAGCAAGACCGGAAGCCCUUUGGCAUGCACUCGAGCCUGCCCUCAUUGGGGGAGAGCUGGAUGCAGGUGGACGGGUAUGGACAGGCAAAGGUGAUUCAAAGGGCCAAUGACGGGCUUGCCAACACUGCGGUGUUGACGUCAUACCCGCUCAGUUUUUCCAGCUCAUCACCCAGAAUUGGAGCAGAGUCCAACAGUUCUAUAGUAUUGGGUCAAUCCAAACCCAACGGACAGACCCACAAAGUGUGUCUGGUGUGUUCGGAUGAGGCCUCCGGAUGCCACUAUGGGGUGGUAACAUGCGGCAGCUGCAAGGUUUUCUUCAAGAGGGCUGUGGAAGGAUGGAGAGCUCGACAAAAGAGUGAUGGUCAGCACAACUACCUGUGUGCAGGGAGGAACGACUGCAUCAUCGACAAGAUCCGCAGGAAAAACUGUCCAGCCUGCCGCUUCCGGAAAUGCCUUCAGGCUGGAAUGAAUUUAGAAGCGAGGAAAAACAAGAAGCUGAACAAAAAAAUAGACCAUCGAAUUAUCAGGCCGCCGGAGCCCGUCCCCACCAUGCCCGGUCUGGCCAUCCCUGCCUGCGUGCCCCAGCUGGUGCCCGCCAUGCUGUCUGUGCUCAAGGCCAUCGAGCCCGAGAUCAUCUACUCUGGCUACGAUCCCACGCUGCCCGACACGUCCUCGCGCCUCAUGAGCACGCUCAACAAGCUCGGCGGGCAGCAGAUCAUCUCGGCUGUCAAGUGGGCAAAGUCGCUGCCAGGCUUCCGUAACCUGCACCUGGAUGACCAGAUGACGCUGCUGCAGUGCUCGUGGCUCUUCCUCAUGUCCUUCGGUCUGGGCUGGAGGUCGUACCAGCAAUGCAACGGCAGCAUGCUCUGCUUCGCCCCCGACCUCGUCAUCAACCAAGAGCGCAUGAAGCUUCCUUUUAUGUUGGGGCAAUGCGAGCAGAUGCUGAAGAUCUGCACAGAGUUUGUGCGUCUGGAGGUGUCCUACGAUGAGUACCUGUGCAUGAAGGUACUGCUGCUGCUGAGCACAGUGCCUAAAGAGGGCCUAAAGAGCCAGGCGGUGUUCGAUGAGAUCCGCAUGAUGUACAUCAAGGAGCUGGGAAAAGCCAUCGUCAAGCGAGAGGAGAGCACCAGCCAGAACUGGCAACGCUUCUACCAGCUCACUAAGCUACUGGACUCCAUGCAGGGGAUGGUGGAGGAUCUCCUCCAGAUUUGCUUCUACACGUUCAUGAAUAAGACGCUGAGUGUGGAGUUCCCCGAGAUGCUGGCGGAGAUCAUCACCAACCAGAUACCAAAAGUCAAAGACGGCAGCGUCAAGCAGCUGCUCUUUCAUCAGUCGUGAGCGCCUUCAGGCCUUAACAGCCAUGCCUUAAAUUCCCCCCCGAACCCCAACUCCCAAUUCCGUGACGCGCCACUUUACUGCCACAUCCUCGCUCAGGUUUGAAAACCGACUGCCCAUUUGGUCUUCAGAGGAAAUAUUUUCGGCCCCCUCAUCCUCCUCAGCCUGAAUGUUUUUCAGUUUGGUGGCCACAUGAUUUCACCGUUGACAACUACAAACAUCCACGUCCUGAUUACGCUCUCCCAUUACCUGCCGACGACCUUCAGAAUGUAACGUGUCAACUAUAUAUAUAUAUUAGUAUAUAGUAUAUAUACAUACAGUAUGAUAUACCCCAAGAAGACGAAAAUGUUUUCAGCUUGUUUGUUAUAAGCGACAAAACACAGCGACUGAAAAAAAAUCUUUGGAUUUUCCGCUUGUUGAAUGCACGCACACUCGCUUUUAAGUCCAUUCAGCAACAGCAAGUACAUGUGAGAAGGGAAACCAGUGCCUUUCAGCUUCUAAAGCUUUUCAUAGCUGUUAAUUAUUUUUGUUUUUUUGUUUUUUUUUUUUUUACACAAUAUACAAUAAAAAAAAAAACUCUCGUCAACUUUUCCCAUCAUGAAAACAUUCUUGAUCGAGUAGGGCCUCACUAAAAAUAAAAAAAAUAUUGUUUUUAGUCAUUGAAAAGAGUCAUUUUACUGUACGUUAUGAAGGGGGGGAGGAUAUUAAAACAAAUCGUGAUUUUAUGAGAAUAAUUUAUCUCAUUAAAAACUCUGUUUUGUGAAAAAAAAUUAGAAACUCAUGAGUGAAGUCAGAAUUUUGCAGUAACAAAAAGUAAAUAUUACAAGUCAAAUUGUAAUUUCAUAAGUAAAAGUUGUAGUAUUACAAAAAUAAGGUUAAAACAAAAAAGGCUUGUGAUAUUAUAGCUGACAUAUUGACAUUGAAAACGACAUUAAAACAAAGUCAAAGAAUAAAGUGCUAGUUAAAUGAGGAAGAAGUCGCCCUCUCUUUCAGUCAGGAAAAAUUAUGAGUAAAGUUGCAAUUUUCCCCCCCAACAAAAAUCAAUAUUCAGCAAUCAAGUUGGGAUAUUGCAAGAAAUGUGUUGAUUAGGAAUACUUUCAAAACAAUUUUUUUUCAUUUUAUGUAAAAUAUUAUUGUAUGAGUCCAAAUUUCCACCCUAAAAAGUCAAUAUUCAACACUUAAAUUGAGAGAUUUCAAAAAGAAAGUCAAGCCUUUACAAAAAAAAAAAAAAGUUGUGAUCUUACAAGAAUCAAUCUUAAUUUUUGGGGUUGUUACAUCUGAUAUCAUAGAUCAGUGGUUUGUAAAAAAGUGUACCAAAUAAUAUUUAAAACAAACAGUUCUAAAAGAUUAUAUGCAAAAAUGUUCUACUUUAAAAUUAAGUACAACUGCACUGUACUCAACACUGAAACAUUAUGCAUGCACAGUUAUGCACAAUUUGAACAUUUAAUUCAGUGAUUCUUUCACAUACCAUUAGCGAGAGCCACACUUUGAAAAUUAAUGUUAUAGAUUAUGAAGAGUAAAAUUUAAGAGUAAAAAAAAUAAUAAUCUUAAUAUUAAAACAACUAAUCUGAGAAUAACGUGGUAAUUUAACAAGGGAAAAAAGGUUUGCAACAACAAAUCGAACAAUGAUCACACUUUCAAUUUGUGGGGACUAAAAAAGUUGGAGUUUGGCAAUAAAAAAGUCAGAAAAAAUAUCCCAAAACCCCAAACGGGUAGUAUUGGUUUCUCCAAAUUGAUUACCUAAACACGUUUGACGGGAAAAAUAUUGGCAUGUGUUUGUUAAGACUUUUUUGGCACAGUAUUCUCGUAAUAUCUGACUUCACUCGAUUUUGAAUUCCAUAACUAUAUUUUUUUUCUCAGUGUUGCUAAUACUGCUUCACGCAUUUAAGUACUUGUGAAUAAUUAUCAUCAUAAUUGCUCAUAAACGCAGAAUAUUUUUGAUGGGUACCAAAAUUGUCCUUUCAUUGCUUGCUUCAUUUAAUCAGAUGAACAUUUAUCUCCGUUCAAUAGUGCCACAUGAAGCUAAUGAACCCUUUAAUCAAUUACGAGGUGUAGUUAAAUCGCCACCCCAGUAGAGGAAAGCAUUUAAAAGAAAAAAGGAACAGCCAUAUAUAGACAUAAUAUAUGAAUUUUUUUUUUUCUUUUGUAAGAUGUAACAAAAUUCAAAUCCCAUAAAGUUCUAUUCACUGCUCCAGUAUUUUCAAAUGAGAUGCAAAAUAAUAUUAGCUCAGGCUCGGUCACUGGUGCCAAAAGUCACAGGCGGUUGUAAAUAGAUGACUUCUAUUGCUUUGAUUGUUUUCAACUUGUGUGUGAAUGUUUUGUGUGUGCGUGUGUGUGUGUGUGUGUGUGAAUUAGUGUACGUGUGUGAGUGAUGCUCCAAUUGUGACCAUUUGCUUCAGGGUGCCCAUACAUGAGGUUUUCACAAUAUACACCAGCUUCAAUGUACUGAUUAUCAACUAUUAUCAUCAUGCAGGUAAAAUUAAAUAUUGUAGCUUUUGGGAA